AUGGCAGAGGCAUUUACUGCUACAGGCGCCGGAUUUGGCGCUCUAAAAAACCUUCCAUUCAACAUUUUUGCAGCAGCGGAGAUGGUCGAGGUUCCCAAAUCUUGCGUCAAUUCACUCACACUCGUUGUUCAUCAAAUGAACUUAUACCAGUCUACUGCAAAAUCCUUGCAGGAACUUCCAAAAUCACCUACCGUCGAUGAUGAAUUUCAAUUCUUUGUCUCCAUGACUUCAUACCUGGCAUCAUUGAUUACUGCCUUUGAACGAGAGCUAUCCGGGGCUGGUAACACUACGAAGUGGAGGUCCGUGCAUCUAGACUUUCACAUUGCCCUUGUGUUGCAGGGCAAUGCAUUUAUGCAGGAGCAACAGGCAAUAGCCUUGAAGACAAUGAAGCGCAGUUGGAACCACUUCAGGGAGAAGAAACCCUACAAAAAGGUACAGGAUAAGGUAGAAAUUAAACAGGAGAAGAUGACUGCCACUGGAGGAUCAGCAUCAAAGGUAUCCAGAGGACAGAAGGUCAAGGCGACCGCGCCAUCAGUUAGAAAUUCGCAAGUAUUACCCGAAAGCAUGAUCGUCGACAUUGAGGACACAUCCAAUAAAUGCAUCCCCGCUGUUGAGUCGAAGAAGGCUGUCAAGGAUACGGUCAGAAAGUCCACAUCUCAGAGAGGUGCAAGCAGUCUGGCUAGACCUUUGGUAUUGGGUUCCGAUGACGAGGAAAGCCACAGCGAACAAGUCGCCAAUCUGUUUGAAAGCAAGGAAGCCGCCAAAAAGACAACCAAAGCAAAGAAAGCGUUCCAGAAGGGCAAGUGUGCGACGCUCAAGGAGAAACAAAAAGAAACAUCUUCUACGAUUGAAUCAGAGGAUGAGGGGCAUACAAUGUCUCGCAAAUCUCCUGAUGUUAAAGCAAAUGCGAACCAAGAAGUCACUAAUGCCGUCAAGCAGAGAGGAGCUGGGCGUAUUAUACAGUCGGAAGAUGAGGAGGAAGAUCCACUGACUACUGUCACUGGGAACAAAUCUGCAAGCACACCAGCAUUAUUCCCUAACAUUAUUGAGUUUAAUGAUGAGGAAGAACAGUUCCAGCCAGAAGAUGUAUCUGAUAUUGACAUGUCGCACGAUAGCCCUGACGAGCUAGAUGAUACGAUCCUUCCUUCUGGGUUGGAGAACUGGGAGACCUGGAACAGGGUCACAUUUGAGAGUGGAAACUCACAAGUCUUUCUGAAGCUGGGUACUUGGAUGCUGCUUCGAUUUCGUCAGUUGGCGAUGUUGCCAGUAGAUGCAGAUGUGAAUGGCCUAGUUAUUCCACAGAGUUCACAUGGCAUGACCUUCAACAGUGAAAACGACUUUUAUGAGGCUCUUGGCAUAGAGUGUUUGUAUUCCACUGUGGCUCACAUAGAUACCCGCCCUCGUUACAUGAGACAUCUCCUGCAUAUUCUUGGAAGGUCGGUUGUUUCAGUGGACAGCAGGUUCAGUCAAACCAAUGAGUUGUCUGUCAGCUCGCUGCCGGCAGUGACUCUUAGCAUGAUGUUGGAUGCAAAUCUGCCAUGGAUAUCUCUCGCAAACAAAAUACACGAUGAAUCACCUGUAGAUGAUGCUGAGGAGCAGGGAAAAGUAAUCAAUGCUAUGGAAGAUAUGGCCAUCGACAGUGAUGGUGUUCCAUUGGAUGAUCUAACACAAGAUAUAUCCAGGACUGAAGUCAAACGCAAGCGGACAUCGUCUCAUGCAUCUCCACCAAAGAAGGAAGGUGGUCAUGGACCAUCCAAGCGUCUGAAGGCAGCUGUUUCCGUACGAUCCAUGUCGACUCCUCCUGUCAUAACAUCGACCAUCUUAGUCCCAUCGACCAUCUUAGUUCCAGCGAUGCCAGAUCCUCAGGGUGCACACAGUCCCAUUGAGAACAAUGGUAACUCGAAUCUACAUGAUGAAGAUGUAGAUGCUGUGGGAGAUGAUGAAUUAUAUCCAUCUCCUCCUGAUCCCCCAUUUGUCGCGGAUUCAAGUGGUGCUAUUGAAUUGUUGUCAACCACCGCAGAUGCCAAUUGUUACGCUGACCGUCGGUCGGCGUGUGCGAACUAG